GCGACUGGAUUCGGCCUCUCAUCUCCACAGAGACAGAAACCCCACAGCAGGAGCAACAACAAACAGUCGGGGAAAGAAAACACCCGGGGCUCCAUGGCUCAGGAUGAGAGGUGGGCAGGGCUGACCAACCCCACAAGUGAUCCAGAGAUGGGCAAAGAUGUGGAAGAUCUGACAAAAGGCCUGGAGGAACUCUGUGAGAGCCCUGAAGAGAAGAGUGAGAAGGCUCUGCUGCGUUCACGCCUAGAAGAACAGCAUCGCCUUAUCUGCAUACUGAAGAAAAAAGCAGACGAUGCACGUAAACGCUGCAGAGGCCUGGAGCAGCUCAACAUGGAGCUGGAGAAACUGAGGACAGAGGAUGCAGUGAAAAUGAAAACCCAGACACAAUGGAUCCAGCAUUUGGAGCGGCGCUUCACGGAUCUGGCCAAUAACCAUGAAAAAAUGAUCCAGUUCAAGGAUGAACACAGGAAACAGCAUAUGCAGCUGCGGGAGGAGAACAAGCGCCUGCGGCAGGAGAACAAAGCGCUCUUCAGCCAGACUGUGAUGGAGAAGGAAGCUGAAGUGCUCCAGCUCGCUGCCCAGGCCAGAAAGCUCUCGCAGCAGUUAGACUCCUUACAGGAGAAAUGUGCUUACGAGAGUCGCAGAGCCCAGGAGCGAGAAAAAGAGCUGCUUGAAGCUCAGAGCCAGCAGGCAAGUGCCCACGCCUGGGAAGUCGAUGCGCUAAAAAACCAGCUACAAUGCCUGCAGGAGAAGCACCGAGAAACCAUUGCACAGGUAGAGCACACAGAAAGUCAGCAGAGAGCUCGGGGCAGCGAGCUGCAGGCCAAGCUGGAGAGGGCGAAUGAGGAGAAGGAGUGACUACUGAUCCUGGCUGCAGAAAGGUGCAAAGCCCUGCAGGAUAAGCAACGGGAAAUUCAGCAGCUGGGGAAGAAGCUGGAGACUACAGAAAAAGCCAGGCAGAGAGCAGGAAAGCACCUCGUGAAAGGGGCAGUGGUGGCAGACAACGAUCUGAAGGUCCAAGAGCUCCAACGACAGCUUGAAAGCAGCCAGCAGGCGUACAACGAACUCUCGCUGCAGUUUGAUGCUUACAGAAAGCACAGUAUGGAUCUACUGACUAAAGAAAAAGCGCUGAAUGUCAAACUCCGUCAUUUUACGGCAUGACUGCAGCUUUCUCCUCUAUUCACGUCUCGGCAGGUGCCUCUGCUGUGAUGCACCACUGCGUUUUGUUCCUUUCCAUGAGACCAUCACCUUCUGAUCUCUCUUAAUGCAAUUACCAGCUUAAACCCCCCUAAGGACUGUUCCGUAGCCUUUGUUUUGUUACACUUUUACAUAAGUAAGAGCUCUACGCUGUUACAUCUGAAUGGGGAUUGUGGAACUAGUUAAUCCUGUGACAUGAAAGGUUAGGGUGGAAAACGUAAAAUAUUAAUUUAUUCGGUCCUAACCUCUGCUAUAUCAUAGAUUUUCAUUUUUUACAGUUAAAAGCACGUUAUUUCCCAAGAUGGACCAAAGGUCCAACCCUUAGCCUUUCGCGUUUCAGUCUCCCUUGAAGUUCAACAGAGGUUGGGCACGUCAGAGGUAACACUGAGGCUCCAAAAAAGAAACCCUUGCAAUAUCUGCAUCAUGAACAGUUGUGAUGAAGUAACUUAACAGGUCAAAACUAAUACAGUACAAUACCCGAUGCUCAAGCAAAUUAUGUGUAUAGCUGUCUGGUGGGUUUCUACAGCUGUUUUAGUCCUAUUUAAUGCCAUAGCAUUAUUUAUGUCCCUGUUCAGCUCAAAAUAAAUUGUCAGGUCUUUGGGGUGAUUUCAAUAGUCUUUGAAACAGCAGAUGUUCUGCCACUGUGUUUUCUGGGUUUUAGGUGUUUUCUGUAGAGAAAAUAGCAGUGAUGCACAAAAUGGAAGGGUCUAGCAAUUAUUGACCAAAAAAGUCUUUCCCUUUCUGUCAGCACUGCGGGACAGAGGCAUCCCGCUCUCUCUUGCCUCUCUCCCAGCUGAGGAGGAUGAUUUUGGCUGCUCCUGCUCUUUAACUCUCCAACAAAAGAACCCACGAUGGGCCAAACGGCAUCCCCCACUGGGGCUGGAGGCAGCUGCCUCAAGAGCUCUCCAAAUUAUCUUGGGGUAACUCAAUGUUUUCGCUAGUUGUUGGGGUAGGUCUUGGUCCUGAGCAUCUACAAAGCAGCAGCGCUGCCUCAAACUUGGUAUCUAUUGAGCUCAGUGCUCAGAAGUGGCCAGAGGUGGCCAGAAGCAGAAGACCUGGAGAUCCUCCAGCUUGUGACUGGUUCACCUCAAGGACUUACUGAGCCAGAUGUGGUUUCUAAGUAGUAGCUGUCAACAGACCUGUCCUCUGGACUUGCCUGGACUUUCCUGGACCCUACACAAAGCCAGGUAAGAAGUGCUGCUCUACUACCAGCUGCACAACCAACCACAGCCUUUUGUUUUGAUUCUGGCUCCUACAAGUGUUAUUCCACAUCUG